CCCACCUCUCCACCACAGCUCUCCGUGUUCUGUUGCUCAAGAACUUCCUUGUGACACGCCCGACGCACCUCUUCCCGUUUGCUGGAAUCUACUACCGAAGUUCGCUGAAGUCGACUCGGAAACACGCACGCACGGAGCUGUCAGCCCUAGACUACACCGCAGCAGUCAUAGACGCUCUCUAUUGGUGCGCGAGGAACAACCCGGCAGCAGGGCUGGGAUACCAGGAGGAAGGGUGCAGGAGCGUUCGACGACCAUCGCCGUUAAAGUGCGCCAGCUGAACUAGCUGCUUGCAUCAUGGGAAAGAAGCUUACUUUCAACGACGAGAAGAGGGACAAUGGGCCGGGGGUGCUGCAGACGCUGGUGGUAACCGGGAGAUCACUGGGAGCGGCGGGGUUCGGGUGGGCACAGUGGGCGGCGAAAAAGACGGGGCGAACGGGCUGGGUGCUUCUGACAACAGCCGUCGUCACUCUUGUGCCUCUAGUCUUCGAGAUCACUCGGGAAGCACAGCUUAUCGAGCAGGAGAAGAUUCAUAUUAACGCUCUGCUGGCGGAGGGGAAAACGCGCCAGGAGAUCGCACAGAUGGGGCUGUACUCGGCGCUCGACCCCAACGUCAUGGGUCCCGAGGCAUCGUAACUGCUGGCUGUUACUUUUUUUUUCCUUUUCUUGUCCCGUGUGUCACUCAAUCCUUGAUGUUUUUUUCUCUGGGGGGG